GGAGAAUUUAAUGAAAAAGCGAGAUGGGAUGAAGUAACACUACCAUAUGUUCUUGCUACGGACAUCACCCUAGAAGAUUAUGAAGAACGUGUAGAAAAAUUUAACAUUCACGGAUGCUGGGAAUGGUCGAAUGGAGAAGUAAUAAUUUAUGAACUUCCUUCUCUACCACACGAAGUUGUUAUUGGCGCAGUUCGCAGGAUGUUAUUGUACCAAUGCAAUGCCGUUGCUUUUACCGAUGCUGAGAUUGAUAGUUUAGGUGCAACUAGAACACGUGACAGAACCCGUGGAAAAGAAGCCGAUGAAUCGUUUCGUCCGAUAAAACCAGCCGUAACUGCACCAAAUGG